AUGGGACCCCCGGGAGUUUUUAGGCGUCGUUGGCAGCGACUUGCGAUCGCCGCCGUGAUAUUUUGCAUGGUAUCGCUGUCCAUCGUGUCCUCGAGAGAAGAGCGACACCACGUCGAGCCGCCAACCGAUUUACAAACGAGGCAUCCUUUACUUUGGAAACAUAUACAUACAUCUAAUGUUAAAGGGGGAGAUGCGAAGCCUAACACGAUCAUUGAGGCUGCGCACCUUGUUAUGCACCUGAUGAACUCGACUAAAUCUCAGCUCAUGUCCCACUCCGAGAUCCCUUUGAUCGUACACCAGACCUGGAAGAAUACCCAGGUUGAUACCUGGCCCGAGUUGGUAAGCGAUAGCGUCGAGGUAUGGCUUGAGCACUCAGUGAAUGAGCCAAUGGCAUACUUUUUAUGGGACGACGAUGGAAUAUAUCAAUUCUUGGACGAAUUUGAGCCUUCCUUUACAGCGCGAUUUGCUGCUUUGCCUAGAAUGGUUGAAAAAUCUGACGUAUUCCGCAUCAUGGUGGUGAAAUACAUCGGUGGUAUUUAUGGAGAUGUCGAUACUCAUCCCUUGCGGUCGCCGGCGACUUGGGUUGAAGCCGACGACUUAGAGCCGUGGUACGAUUUCGAGACAGGCUCGCUUUACAAUUCCACCAAACCAGUGAGGGCCAUGUUUGGAAUUGAAGCCGAUUGUCCUCCCGAAAGCGAUACCUACUGGCGUAUGGGCUAUACAAACCCGGUCCAAUUGACCCAGUGGGCGCUAGCCUCUGCACCUGGCCACCCAAUUUUGUCGCGAUUCAUGGACAGACUAAACAAUGUCCUCGAUGAGGUCGCAGCCCACUAUGGAGGCAAUCUUUCAGUGCCCGCUGCAUAUGAAGAACUAUAUUACCUUGAUCCACUUACUCUGACCGGUCCUGCUGCGAUUACCGAGGUGGCCGAGGAUUGGCUAGAGGACCGCGUGGGACUGCGAUGGAAUGCCCUCACGGGGUUAUACGAUAAUGGUAAAAGCAAAUUAGUUGAUGAUAUUAUGGUGUUGCCCAUUACGGGCUUCAGCCCGGGACGUGGAGUGUACGGCAACAUGGGCUCCAAGCCGUUGGAUGACCACGACGCGCGUCUGCAGCAUCUUGCUCAAGGCUCGUGGAAAGGAUUCAAUAUGCGGGUGGAGUUUGGCAAGUUUUGUCGGACAUUUCUCGGUCUUUGCAAGGACUGGUCCAAAGUAUAG